AUGACUCAUCUACUACAUCUCAUUCUGCUAUCAUCAGCUGUAGGCGUACUCUUUGCACCCAGAUGUUUGUACGACGAUUUCACAUUCUGGUUCAACCGAGAUGAUGGAUUCGAACGAUGUACUUUCAGCCAAGCCGCUCGAAAGGUAUUUGGUGAUCAAGUCAGCAAUGUGACGGUUAAUCUGUUAGACAAAGCCACAUGCGCUGUUCCUCCUUAUCCCUGGACUAAGACAAAUUUUCUUGAUGUUUACGUUGACUGGAGUCGGACUCUAAACUUCACUUCUGGAUGGGCUCGAUGCCCUACAGGUACAUUUUUGACCGCGAUAUACGGAAAAUCUGUUGGUGACUACAAAGAUUACAACAUUGACCACGUCAGGUGUUCAAGGCCAUUGAGAUAUCCUAACGUCCAAGGGUCGUGCGAUUCAGUAGACGUAGUCGGAUGUUUGUAUAAUCACCAAGUCUGUCAAUGUAAGAAAGGUUUUUACGCGAAAGGAAUCUUUAAAGAUGGAGGCAAAGGUCAUACGUUUUGUUUGGCGUAUAUAGAGUGUUGUCAGAUGCAAAAAGCGAUGGUGGGCUUGAACUCAGUAGACAAGCUGAAAUCGUGGAUCAUGGACCUAACUCUGUCUGAUACUGCCAAAUUAGCCGAUCAGUUAGGUUUCGCUUACUGCAAAGGUUGCCUAGCACAUUUUAUCGGUGAAGGUUUCAAACGUAGAGGUGAAACUUGGCAUGCUGAUACCUCUGGAAAAUGUGAUGGGUACAAGAGCAAACAAAGACUUUCAAUCACACUAAACGAUUGGGGUUUUAUGUUAAAGGACACCAUUUUUAAGGAAACUAUAAGACGCCCUGUGAAAAGAGAGUAUAUAAAAUCAGGUAUUUCUGACAGUCAAGGUGGUAAAUAUAAAUCUGAUGUGCAAAGCUAUGUAGGUUUAAAUUACCUACGGCGUGUAGAGCACACGCCGGGUAAAAAAUGGGCAGAUUUUGACAGGCUGGGAAUCACUAUUCGCUACACCCCUCCACCCAUUAAAGGCAUGAGUAAUGCUUCUUACACUUUCAAAUACACCAAAACAAAAACCUCUUAUGACGAAACAGGCAACGAACACUUUAAGAAUAUUUCUGUAACGAAAGAGCAAAAAUAUAAUGGAAGAAGUAAAAUGAUGUACACAGUCUACGCACGAUACGAAAAACUCAAAACUUCAUACACAGCCAAGGUUCUCCCAACAUUUAGUGUUACGUUUAGCGGAUUACUUCAACGUGACCUUCCGGACCCCCGGAAUAAAACAGAUCCCCGUCUUAAAGUUGAACCAAAAACAAAAAGCUGCACAAUCGGAAACUCAACAACGCCAUUCUACACCGCGCUGAGGCACAUGAGAGAGCAGAAGUCCUAUCCCUGUUUUUGGAACGAAAUGAAUGGCCAUUGGUAUGAUGCUGGUAGUGUUCUUGACAUUUUGGUUAACGAGGACACGUAUGCUUUUGAUCUGAAGGGGACGAUCGAGGACUAUAUACCAGAUGGGAUUGACAUUUACUGGGACAGGCCAAGUGACACAAUAAAACCGUGA